GAGUGUCGGGACGACGAGUGACGGAAGUCACACGGGUACGGCACGGCACGGCACGGUAGCCGGCUGACGCGCCGUGGGGCGCCGUGGAGCGUCGAGUCGUGGAGCACUGGAGUGCGGCUGAGGCGCGCGCGGUGCUGAGUUGGCAGUCUUGACAGGGCAGUCCCGCUAACUGUUGAUUUGCAUGUCGUACGGCACGUCCGUGAGUCCCGCAGCCCGCGCGAGCCCGGAUAAUGUUACGAAUGAAUGUACUUAUACGGUCUACUUAAAACAACGCCGCAGUACUUAAUGAGCGAUGAGUGGACAGAAGUUUCAGUAUGACGAGAGCGGAGGGACCUUCUUUUACUUUCUGCUCUCGUUCUUGGCGCUACUGCUGGUACCCGGGACUUACUACCUCUGGCCACGUUGCCCGAAGCAAGAUCCUGACCAGUUAACCAAAGAGUGCCAAUGCGAUGGGUGCAAAAAGAAAAAGAUUAUUCUUCAGGCGAACAAGCCUUGGAAGGAAACCAAGGCUUUAUUUGUGAAAUUUCUAAUCAUUAUGGGAUGGGUUAUCUUGAUAUUCCUAGCUUACAAGGUGUCCCAAUUUGAUUAUGAAAUGGCAAACUUCGAUCCGUACGAAAUACUAAGUAUACCACCUGGUUCUUCCCAAGGUGAGAUUAAAAAAGCUUACCGUAAGCUCUCCUUGAUUCUCCAUCCCGAUAAGGAGACGGGAAAUGAGAAAGCUUUUAUGAAAUUAACUAAAGCUUACCAAGCUUUAACGGACGACGAAGCGCGAAAAAACUGGGAAAAAUACGGAAAUCCGGAUGGUCCAGGGGCAAUGAGCUUUGGUAUAGCUUUGCCUUCCUGGAUCGUUGAGAAAGAAAAUUCAGUAUGGGUUUUAGGACUGUACGGAUUAGUGUUCAUGGUUGCUUUACCGACGGUUGUAGGAAUGUGGUGGUACAAGAGUAUUCGCUACACUGGUGAUCAAGUUCUCCUGACAACGACCGAGAUGUACUACUUUUUCUUCGUUAAAACGCCGUCUAUGUCGUUGAAGAGAGUCAUCAUGAUACUCGCUGCUUCCUUCGAAUUCUUCAAGAAACGUAACGCAGAGAUAGUCGAGAGACAUUCUGAUAGCGAAGAAGUUCCUUCGCUUAUCAAACAACUACCUAACUUGGGAGAGAAAAACAAGGAGGUGCCGUUAUGCCACUUGUAUUCAAUUAAAGCUAGAGCACUACUGCAUGCGCAUUUAUCUCGUAUACCACUCAAUCCUGAGACAUUGGACAGAGAUAGACAGUAUAUAGUAAAGAAAUGUCCAUAUUUGAUUCAAGAAAUGGUUGCUUGUGUUCAUCAAGUUAUACUUUUAGCUUACGCCAGAAGAGUACCGCGAGUACCAACCAUAAUGACUAUAGAGAACUGUAUGAAAUUGUGUCCAAUGAUCGUUCAAGGAUUCUGGGAGUUUAAAAAUCCUCUCCUUCAAUUGCCACACAUAACGGAGGACAAUUUAAAAUACUUCCACGCGAAGAAGCGUCAAAUCAAAAGUCUUCAACAAUUUGCACAAUUAAAGGGAGAGGAGCGAAGACUGAUACUUAGAAAUCUGUCAGACAGUCAGUACGAAGACGUUAUGAAGGUUCUUGGAAAUAUGCCGUACAUUGAUUUCAAAGUACGAUCCGAAGUAAUCGAUGAUGAGAAUCCUACCGUAUAUACUGCUGGUGCUAUUGUAACGGUAACGGUAUCGCUCACGCGAAAAAAUAUGAAGCAUCUCUUUGGAGAUGAUUCUAUUAACGAACAAACGAUGAUCGAUGAUAACAAAACCGGCGGUGAGAUUGAAGAAGCCUCAGAGGAACAAAAUCAAUCGGCGAAAACCGCAAAGCCGGCAUGGCUCAAGCAAAAGAAGGGCCAAAAGAAGUCGCAUAAAAAGGGUACUAACAAAAAGUUAGCGCCAGCUAAAAAUACGCAGGCACAGUCUCAAGUUGUGGCUAACAAUACUCAGCACAGCAAUACCCCUAAUGCGAGAAAGAAGGACGAUAAGAUGGAGAAAGAGUCUUCCAAGGAGAAAUUAUCGGACGUCAGUGACAGUGAAGCCGAGAGCGAUCGAAGCGACGACGAGGACAGUCACGACAAAAAGGACGCGUCUCUCGAUGACGACGAUACCGAGUGGGAAAAAUUCCAACAGAGAAUUUCCAAGCGGGAGAGAGUGCUAGAGGGAAGGAGUAAUUUGUCACAUGAAGUGCACAGUCCGCUCUUUCCCGAUGUUAAGCAAGAGUAUUGGUGGGUCUAUAUCUGUGAUCGCAAAAGUCAAACGCUGUUAACAACCCCUAUACACGUCACAUCCUUAGCACAAUUUGAGGAGAUUCAAUUAAGAUUCACGGCACCACGCUGGCCAGGCCUUUAUACAUUCACCGUGUGUCUACGUAGCGAUUCGUAUCUGGGCUUUGAUCAAGCUCAAGACAUUAAAUUGGACGUGAAGGAGGCGCCAGAAGUACCGACUGAACAUCCGCAAUGGGACAUCUCGGACGAAGAAACUGCGGAAGAUGUGGAUGCAGCUGACGAACAUUCCGAAUUCACAACCGACGAGGACAUUAGUGACAAUGAAUAAUAUCUGUUUCUCACACGUGAUCGGAAUAGAUAUUCUAAAAGUCCGCAUUUUCCUCUUUUUUUACUUCUCAAGUUAAUGUACAAUGGACUUUUAUACGUGGAAUUGCAUAAUCGUUGAUGUAUGUGGACAAUCUAGGAAAAUAGUCUGGUGUGUAAGAUUUGUCAGUGUGGAGAAAGUAAUAGUGAAUAAAGAACAUAAUAUUUAUUUUAA